UGUUUGAUAGAGGGUGAUACUAUCCAAAAAAGUCUGUUUAAUGAAAUUGGGCCCAAGCAAGCUUCUUUUUUAAAACGUAUUUUCGAAUACGUGGUUGUACAUGCGGCAGGGGUUUUACGAACAACCAGAGGUCAGCGAGAGAGCUAAAAAGAAGACAAAAUCUACCUGAACAUAUUUAUUUUCCUGUAGGAGCCCUCCCCAAGCCUGUCUAUUUGAGUAAUGAGCCAUAUUGUGAUUGGCUACUAUCCAGAGGCAGUCAACCUUGAUUGGCUGUCACAUAGCGCCUAUGAUUGGCCAAUGCUCUGCCGCAUGUUUUAGCAAGCUCAAGCACAGUCUGGAUUUGAGACACAGAAGAGGGUGAUGCAAGGCAUCCGGCCCCCAAUUAUGAAUGGGCCCAUGCACCCCCGGCCCCUGGUGGCCCUGCUGGAUGGGCGUGACUGCACCAUAGAGAUGCCCAUCCUGAAAGACGUGGCCACUGUGGCCUUCUGUGAUGCCCAGUCCACCCAGGAGAUCCAUGAGAAGGUACUGAACGAGGCUGUAGGAGCUCUGGUGUACCACACCAUCACACUAAUGAGGGAGGACCUUGACAAAUUCAAGGCACUGCGGAUCAUUGUCCGCAUAGGCAGCGGCUUCGACAACAUCGAUAUCAAGUCGGCUGGAGAUUUAGGGAUAGCAGUGUGUAACAUGCCAGCAGCAUCGGUGGAGGAGACAGCGGACUCUACACUGUGUCACAUCCUUAACCUGUACAGACGGACCACGUGGCUCCAUCAGGCGCUGCGCGAAGGCACCCGGGUCCAGAGCGUGGAGCAGAUCAGGGAGGUGGCGUCUGGGGCGGCGCGGAUCCGUGGGGAGACACUUGGCAUCAUUGGCCUCGGUCGUGUUGGCCAGGCUGUAGCACUGAGAGCCAAAGCCUUUGGGUUUAAUGUGAUAUUCUACGACCCGUACCUGUCUGACGGGGUGGAGCGAGCCCUGGGCCUGCAGCGCGUCAACACCCUCCAGGACCUGCUCUUCCACAGCGACUGUGUCACCCUCCACUGCAGCCUCAACGAGCACAACCACCACCUCAUCAACGACUUUACCAUCAAACAGAUGCGCCAGGGUGCGUUCCUGGUUAACACGGCCCGAGGGGGGCUGGUGGAGGAGAAAGCCCUGGCACAGGCCCUGAAAGAGGGGAGGAUCCGAGGAGCGGCCCUGGACGUCCACGAGACAGAGCCCUUCGGUUUCAACCAGGGCCCUCUGAAAGAUGCUCCGAACCUCAUCUGUACUCCCCACGCUGCCUGGUACAGUGAACAGGCUUCUAUUGAGAUGAGAGAGGAGGCAGCCAGGGAGAUCCGCCGAGCCAUUUCAGGUCGUAUUCCAGACAGCCUGAAGAACUGUGUGAAUAAAGAGUUCCUAAGCCAGACUAGUCAUUGGGCCAGUAUGACCCCUGCUGUCAGUCACCCUGAGGUCAAUGGGGCAUACAGAUACCCUCCUGGUGUUGUGAGUUUGGCCUCUGGGGGGCUCCCUCCGCCUGUAGAGGGGAUCGUUCCCAGUGCCGUGCCCAUCACACACAGCCUGUCCAGCGCCGCCCACCCCCCUCGCGCCCCCUCGCCGGGCCAGCCAGGCAAAUCAGAGUUGGACAGGGAUCAGCACCCCAAUGACCAGUUGUAGCCCCGCCCCACAGAGCUCUCUGUCCAACCAUAGAACUCUCCUGGUCUUCAUCACCCCAAAGAGGAAUGGAACUGAUGCAUCAUGGGUUCUAAACAGCUGCCAUGAAACAGACAGACUCACAGAGGUCCAUUACAGUUCAUCUGGUUCAACCAUAGUGGAGUCGGUCGUCUUUUUGAAACUUUUUUUUGUGUAGAAAAAAAAACAGAAUAAUAUUGUGGAUUCGAAAAGAGAAAAAUAUCCUUUAAAGCCAAUCCUACUGUUUAGACUAUAGUUUGUCCAAGUAACGUGGGCGAAUGUCUGUUUGUGUCCUAUGGGUUCUUGUUAAAGCAGAAGUAGUUGAUCAUAACAUGAUUGUAACUGUUUGUGUACAGUUUUUAGAAAUAUGAAAAAAAAUAUUUGUAGUGCAGUCUAAAAGAAAAACAAGGGUGAAAACUAACCAACCGGUUUUAAAAAGACAAUAGAAUAUUUGUUUUAUAUGUUUCCCAACAAGCCCCAAAAGAGGCAGCUUUUGCACAGGUUCUCAGGAAAUGGAGUUUCCCUAGUUCUUUUUCUUCUACACCACAUAGUGCUUUGUUUUUCUACCCGCCUGCCUCUGCUCUAUAUUAGCAAAAUUACUUUAAGUUCCAUUUGUUCUUUCAGUUUAAGGGGCAUGUUGUUCUGUAGUCUUCAGCCUCUGUAUAAAUGUUAAAACUGUGCAUUUUGGGAGAGAAGACCCCCCUGUCUUGUGCAUACCUGACGUACUGCUUGCCUGUGUCAGUGUGACUUGAUUGUAACGUGUCUGAGAAGAGAAGCAGCUCCCAGCUGCACAAUUAGUAGCAGACAUACAUUGCCUCUCUUCUGGUGAAGUAGUAGGUUAGCAAUAUACAGUAUACAUACUAUAUAUUACAAAAUAUCAUUAUUUUUGGUUAAUCAAUAUCCAAAAAGAGAUGUUUGUGACUGUAUGCAUUUGUAUGAAUUAUUUUAAAAAUAAAUAAAAGUCCCUGUUGAAAGGUCAAA